AGAGAGAGAGAGAUUUUUAGAGAGAGAAAGUGUAUGUAUUGGUAGAGAGAGAGAAUUUAUCGGAAAAUUCCUGCAUUUGAAUCGGAGGAUCUGAAAUUAGGGUUUCUAAUUGCAAUCGUAUCGAAUUGAAUUUUCAGAUAUGGACUUAGAUUCUUCAAUGGCGCCUGAAGCCGAUCAGGAUCCGACGGUUCAGAAUAACGGCCCAACAUUGGUGAACAAGUCAUCAACCGCCGGAGAAUCGGCUCCGGUUGAGACUCCUACUGCUACUCCGGUGGCUGGGCCGAGGUGUGCUCCGACUUAUACGGCGGUGCAGUCUGUUAUAGAGAAGAAGGAAGAUGGUCCCGGGCCGAGGUGUGGACAUACAUUAACAGCGGUUCCAGCUGUUGGAGAGGAGGGAAGUCCGAACUAUAUUGGUCCUAGGUUGAUUCUCUUUGGUGGUGCUACUGCGCUUGAGGGGAAUUCUGCUGCUGCAGCAGCUCCUUCUUCUCCUGGAGGUGCUGGGAUUCGCUUAGCAGGGGCUACUGCUGAUGUGCACUCUUAUGAUGUUCUGACAAAUAAAUGGUCUAGGAUCACACCAAUUGGAGAGCCACCGACGCCGAGGGCUGCUCAUGUUGCUACAGCUGUUGGAACUAUGGUUGUCAUUCAGGGUGGAAUUGGUCCAGCUGGUUUGUCAGCUGAGGAUCUUCACGUUCUGGACCUUACACAACAACAUCGACCAAGAUGGCACAGGGUUGUGGUCCAAGGACCUGGUCCAGGGCCUCGUUAUGGACAUGUCAUGGCUUUGGUAGGGCAAAGAUAUCUCAUGGCAAUUGGUGGAAAUGAUGGAAAACGACCUCUAGCAGAUGUUUGGGCUUUGGACACUGCUGCAAAACCAUAUGAAUGGCGAAAAUUGGAACCAGAGGGUGAAGGCCCUCCUCCUUGCAUGUAAAUUUCAUGAGAUCCCUCUCUCUCUUUCUUUUCAG